ACUUCUCCGGCGAUGACUACACCACGAUGGUGGAUCCCAAUGCGGUGAUGCCAAUCAUCAGCAGUAUUUCAGCGAAUACGCGAUCACCGUCGCCAUCGCUGAAAGAAAGUCAUUUAACGUUUUCUCCGGCUAGUAUUAAACCAAACGGCAUUAGCGUGAAAACCGAGGUAGCGGCUGUAAAAAAAGAUCUGAUUAAGAAGUUAGACGACGGUAACAUCACUACAUUUAAAUUAGGCGAACGUCCUUCGAUUAAAAUCGACAAACCACAAACUAUUAAUGUUGUCAAUGCAGUCAUAAAUAGAAACGUAGGUACGCAACAUUUUAUCAAAAAGAGCGCGACAGGACCGAUUAUCAACACCAUCAAGAAAGUUACUCCGAUCAUCUCGAAGGGGAUUGUUAAAGACAAAACACCUUUACUUUCGUUUCGAAAUACAGUCGGUGGUAGGCAGAUAGCGAGUCCGGUGACAGUUGCGCAGUUGGCGAAUUUAGGCCAGGUGCGCACAAUCAGCACAGCGCCCGUAAACCACACGCGGAAACAACAGUUUAACAACAAUCGCAUUUUCGCUGAAGAUGUCAAACCCUUCCCGAAGCCGGCGUAUAGCUAUAGCUGUUUGAUUGCAAUGGCGUUGAAGAAUUCCAAAACAGGCAGUCUGCCUGUGUCUGAGAUUUACAACUUCAUGUGUCGCCAUUUUCCUUUCUUCAAAACAGCGCCAAAUGGCUGGAAGAAUUCGGUGCGGCACAAUUUAAGCCUGAAUAAAUGUUUCGAAAAGAUUGAGAAACCCGCGGUGAACGGUGCGCAGAGAAAGGGCUGCCUGUGGGCGAUGAACGAGUCGAAGAUCACCAAAAUGGACGAAGAGGUGCAGAAGUGGAGUAAGAAGGACCCGUCAGCGAUACGGCGCGCUAUGUCAAACCCGAGCAAUCUGGAGGCGCUGGAGCGAGGCGAAUUGAAAUUCUCCUGCAGUUACGAGAGCUAUGAAGAUAACUUUGGGGAUUCGUGUGGGAGUGCCGAGAGUGACGGGUCGGAAUAUGAGUCCGAGAUGGAUACGACUCCGACCACGAAGAUUAUUCACGCGCAGCCACAGUACAUUAAUAUUGCGAAUAUUAAGACGGAGCUUAAACAAGAGGUGGAUGAUGAAGAGGAUGAGGAGGAAGAGGAGGAGACUGAUGAGUUUGAUGUGGAGGUUGCCGAUUCAUUAUACGAUGAUGAAAUCGUAGAUGAUGAAGACUCGGAGAUCCUCCACAUGGAAAUGGCGCUUGCGCAGAAAGAGUUACUCGAGUAUGAUCCGUCGGUGCGGCGCCGGAAAAACAUCUACAUCAUACAGAACUAACGUUUGCCCUCCACGCCGUAAAGACUUCUUAAUUCUAUAAGAAAAUGCGCUAAGCAAGCAAACUAGUAGGAUUUGUUAAUUUGUAAGUUAAAUUAUUCGAUUGUCAUGCCAGCGGUGCGCCGCCACUGCUGCAGCCAUGUUGUUUUAAACAUGGCAGAGCGUGAAAGGGCGCGCCGGUGGCGUCGCAUUUUUUCUUUAAAAAAAAAAACGAAUAUAAAUAAGCGCCGCCCGCGAUCGCUUUGUGCAGGCGCCGCUUAUUUGCUGAAAUGCUGUGUAAACGAUGGUGAUAUAACAAUUUUGGUUUCUGUACAUAUAUUUCUAGCGCGUAAGGUUAGUUUGCCGAGCGGCCGCUAUUGCGGCGAUGACACUGCCAUCUUGUCGGCGCAAUGGCGGCCCGAACCUUUUCUCUCGGUGUCGAAGCAAUGUGAAAAACACUACUUUAAUUUAACUAUUCAGUUACUAUUUUUGAUUAUAUUUUACAUUUUACAUUUGUUUGCGUUUUGACGAUGCAUGGAACACUGAAACAAUCCACAUUCGGGACCAGAUUUGCGGAAGUCAGAAAAGUAUGAUAUUAAGUUUUAACCCGUUGACACUUGAUGACGACCACUGAAGUGGCAACGGGUUGACACACCAAAUUCGGUGCUGUGCCGAUGCCAAACACAUUUUGUCACAGAAGAAAAACACCUAAUUAGUUUUAAGGCAUUGUAUUUUCUAUUUUCACCGUGGACUGAUUAUAAUUAGUUAAUUAAGUUUGCUGUCGUCUUGAAGAUGAGAGAUGCAAACAUUUUAAACUAGCAGAAUGCGAGGUAUCUACAGGAAAAUAAAAAUUAGUGACUAUAAAAUAGAAGAGCGUCACUUGUAAAAUAUUAUAAAUGUAUCUAAUUUGUGCGUACAUUGCUGAACUACUUACUAAAAAAAAAACAAGAGCAAAUGUGCAGAGUGUGAAUGGUGAAAAAAUGUUUUGUAUUGUUUAGUUUUAUAUAUAGACGAUAAGUAGAGAGUAUAUAAGCAUAAGAUUUUGUAAUUUUACAUAACAAUUGUGAACACUGAGCGAAGGGGUAACACCGGUGCGUGAUGAAAGGGACGCGUAGGAAAUGUGAAACAAUAUUAGCUGUAACAUAAUGUGUACAAAAUUAAGUUACUUAAGAAUCUUUCCAUCUAUAUUUGGAUUGGGUGAUCCAUAUGUGACGUUGUGAAUAUGAGAAUAGCGGAAAACUCAAAAUGAAUAAAAAAUUUAAAGUUGUGAUUUUUUUGAUACUGAAUAA